AGCAUUUUUGCACUUUUGCGGCAGGCCUCUGCCAGAGCAAGAGAAUAACUGCUACUCCACGCAGUCGCCGGCCCGCACGCUGAGGACAGCCCCGCACCACCAUGGCCACCAUCAUCAGAGUGCCCUGCUCGUCGGCCAACAUUGGCCCGGGCUUCGACGUCAUCGGCCUCGCGCUGUCCAUGUACCUCGAGUUGCACGUUACCGUCUCCAAGCAGGAGUCGUCGUCGCAUUCGCUCAACUGCCGCAUCACCUACGAGGGCGUCAACGCCGAGUCGGUGCCCCUCGUCGCCGAAGACAACCUCAUCACGCGCACCGCCGUAUACGUCCUGCGCUGCCAUGGCAUCCGCGCAUUUCCCGCCGAGACGCACGUCCACGUCAAGAACCCGAUCCCGCUGGGCCGGGGGCUGGGCUCGUCUGCCUCUGCCAUUGUGGCCGGCGUGAGUCUCGCCAACGAGGUGGGCAACCUCCAGCUGUCCAAGGCGCGCAUGCUCGACUUCUGCCUCAUGGAAGAGCGCCAUCCGGAUAACGUUGCGGCCGCCCUGUACGGAGGCUUCGUCGGGACAUACCUCAACGAGCUGUCCCCCGAGGACCUCGAUCGCAUGGAGAUCCCUCUCAGCGAGGUCCUCCCAGAGCCUGCAGGCGGCAAGGACACCGGACUGCAGCCACCGCAACCGCCGAAGGACAUAGGCCACUACACAAAGUACAAGUGGUCGUCGGAGAUCAAGUGCAUAUGCAUCAUACCACAAUUCGAGGUCUCCACCGCGAAGGCGCGUGAAGUGCUCCCCGAUAGCUACUCGCGCAAGGACAUCGUCUUCAACAUGCAAAGAUUGGCCGUCCUGACCACGGCUCUCGGACAGUCGCCGCCCGAUCCCAGCAUGAUCUACACAGCCAUGCAGGACAAGAUUCACCAGCCGUACCGGAGAGGCCUCAUUCCGGGCCUCACCGAGAUCCUCCAGUCCGUGACCCCCAACUCCCACCCUGGCCUUCUUGGCAUAUGUCUAUCGGGUGCGGGCCCUACCAUAUUAGCACUGGCUACGAGCAACUUCGAAUCGAUAGCCGACCACCUGCUUGCUGAGUUCAAGAAAGAGGGCAUCACCUGCGACUGGAAGCUGCUCGAGCUCGCCGAAGAAGGAACAACAGUGGAGAGGCCAUCGGCAGGCGCAUCUACACAAGCACCUGCACAGGUCGAGGAGGCGCUUACAUACGCGUCAUCUGGCGUCAGCAUCGAUGCCGGCAACGAUCUCGUCAAGGGAAUCAAGGCCCUGACGGCUGCCACCAGACGUCCUGGCGCGGACGGCAAGAUCGGUGGUUUCGGUGGGCUCCUUGAUCUGGAGGCUGCAGGUUACACCGAACCGCCGAUCCUGGUCGGCGCGAUUGACGGUAUCGGUACCAAAGUCAAGAUUGCCUUUGAGAUGGGCAAACAUGACACAGUUGGAAUCGACCUUGUCGCCAUGAACGUCAACGACUUGGUCGUUCAAGGCGCCGAGCCGCUGAUGUUCCUCGACUACUACGCAUGCAGCAAGCUCGACGUCCAAAGCGCGGUCAAGUUUGUAGAAGGCGUAGCAAACGGCUGCCGACUAUCUGGCGCAGCCCUCGUUGGCGGCGAGACCGCAGAGAUGCCCGGAAUCUACCAGCAGGGCGAGUACGACGCGGGAGGGUGCGCAAUCGGCGCUAUCAAGAAGGGCGCUACCAUUCUGCCCGACACUGCUGCGAUGGCGCCGGGCGAUAUCCUCUUAGGUCUCUCAUCUAGCGGCGUGCACUCGAACGGAUUCUCGCUGGUCCGCAAGAUCAUCGAGAAGAAGGGACUCUCGUUCCACGACACUGCACCUUGGAGCGCGAAUGAGACAGUUGGAGGCAGUCUUCUCACACCAACGCGCAUCUACGUCAAGCCGUUGCUCGCCGCAACCCGGAGGGGCCUCAUCAAGGGCAUGGCCCACAUCACUGGCGGGGGUCUCCUGGAGAACAUCCCUCGCAUGUUGCCUGACUCGCUUACCGCAGAGCUCGAUGCGAAAAGCUGGCCCGUUCUCCCUGUUUUCAAAUGGCUCAAAGAAGCCGGACGGCUCGAAGAUGCAGAGUUCUGCCGCACGUUCAAUACUGGACUGGGCAUGGUCCUCGUCGUGAGCGAGGACAAGGUCCGCACGGCGACGGAAAUACUACAGGAGCACGGCGAGCAGGUGUACAGGAUAGGCGCGCUGACCAAGAGGACCGACGAGGAGUGCAUUGUGCAGAAUAUGGAUGUCUGGCGAUGAAUUUAGGGCUCGCCGGGCCGCUGUCACAGUUGGAGGC